AUGAAGUGUGACGUGUUAAUAUCGCUCCUGUACGUUGUGUUUGCCCUAAUUCGUCCUGGGUUUGGUGAGGGAAUAGAAAAAGUGUCCUAUCUCCUACAGUACGGACCCGGUGUACAUACCGUGUUCGAGCAGGAAAGCUCACCCGACAAGGUUACUGUGAACGUUAAAGAUAGAGGAGCAUCAUCUACGGAACUGCCUUCGACCUUAACCUCGAAUGUUACGUCGAGCGAAUCGCACAACGUGUCCGACAGCACCGUUCCGGUAUUGUCAGCAUCAACGCUGGAAGUGACUCAAAACCUCCAUUCAAACACACCUGUUACGGAAAGCGUUUCUAACAUCCCCGAUACUGUAACGACCGUGACUGUCGGAUCAAAUACAACCGAAAAGAAAGGUGACGCUAGUUCUAAGACACCCUCCAACGAUUCCAUAAUUCCGCAACCUUCAAAGCUCAGCAUCACUAGCGAAGACAAGAAACACCCUACCGGAUCAAUGCCCGGAGGACCGGAUGAUGAGCGACAACGUAUUCAAGCGACCGCUCCCUGCCACACCCCUGUCUCCGUCCUUCAGAAGGUUCAUCCCUUACCGUUACCACCGGCCCUGCCCACCUUCGGUGCGAUCCUCCGUUCCGACGUGAUGGUGAACCUUAAGCCCAAGGAACUGCGCACACUGAUGAGCACGUACAUUGGACUGAUCGAGACGUACAAGAGCUUUAACCAGCAGCAGAAGCGAAACAUCGCCCACCUGGAGGAGGAACUGGCACGCCACGAGCUUAUCAAGGCACGGGCCGAUCGGUUGCGAAACACAAAGGUUGAAAUAUUAAACAAGUAG